CACAUUCCGGCGGCGAGCGGACUGACGGCAGCUUGGUGCCGGCGGGGGGCGCCCGGGGAGGGGCUGCCCCACGCUCCGCGCCUUCCGCAUCUCCGCGGCCAGCGCUGGGCCAGGAGGAUGCGCGGCGCGGGGCUCUGAAGGAUGGAGGGGGUUCUGUACAAGUGGACCAAUUAUCUCACAGGUUGGCAACCUCGUUGGUUUGUUUUAGAUAAUGGAAUCCUGUCCUACUAUGAUUCACAGGAUGAUGUUUGCAAAGGGAGUAAAGGAAGUAUAAAGAUGGCAGUUUGUGAAAUUAAGGUCCAUUCAGCAGACAACACAAGAAUGGAAUUAAUCAUUCCAGGAGAGCAGCAUUUCUAUAUGAAAGCGGUGAAUGCAGCUGAAAGACAAAGGUGGCUGGUUGCUCUGGGGAGCUCCAAAGCCUGUUUGACUGAUACUAGGACUAAAAAAGAAAAAGAAAUAAGUGAAACCAGCGAAUCUCUGAAAACCAAAAUGUCUGAACUUCGCCUCUACUGUGACCUCCUAAUGCAGCAAGUUCACACCAUUCAGGAAUUUGUUCACCACGAUGAGACUCACUCAUCUCCCAGUGUAGAGAUGAAGCGCUCUGUCAGUCACCCUGGUACUUGCAGUUCAGAGAGGAUUAGCCACUCUGUAAAAGAACCAGUGUCUACGCUUCAUCGACUUUCCCAUCGACGCCGAAGAACUUACUCAGAUACAGACUCUUGUAAUGAUAUUCCCCUUGAAGACCCAGAUAGACCUGUUCACUGUUCAAGAAAUACACUUAAUGGAGAUUUGGCAUCAGCAGCCAUUCCUGAAGAAAACAAAUUUAUGGCCAAAAAGAAAUCUGAAUCGGAAGAUCCUCUUCCAUCCUUCUCUUCCUGAGGAAACUGAAGUGUCCAACUUCCUCUAAGUAUUGCUAUGCAAAAGCUGCUGUAAUUAUAAACUGUUGUUAUAGGGAGUAGUUUUUCCCUUUACCUAGGAUUUCUCUGCACUUUAUAGAACGUUGUAAGAAAAAAAAACAACCACAUACUUUUGAAGUGUAUUUUAUCUUUAUAUAGUUUAUUUGCAAGAAUAAUUUCCUAAUAACUUCACUGUAUGAAUGUGCAUUUUUUUUUUUUUAAAACAGAUGAUGGUGUAACAUUUAGACAUCCAUAAGGACAAAUGUAGAGUAGAUAUUUUUCUAAAAAACUGAGGGACUGACAGCUUAGUCAGUGUGCAUUGUAGCUUAUAAACAUGAAAUCUUAUAAACAUAAGGUUUCAGUUCGACAGAAGUGUGAUAUAUGUAACUUGUGCCAUGGACCAAAUGGUCACUUUACCCUAGCUAAAAAAUGAGUUACGAUAGCAGCUUGAUGGUGAUUGUAUUUUAUUGUAUUCCUUUAAGCAAAAAGGAAACACUUAAUAUUCUGAAUAUUUUUAGCCCAAAUACUAUGAUACAUUGAAGAUUUUUUAAAAGCAGACUGUGUUGUCCUUCAUAUGUGAAGUUGACAUUACUGAUUUGUCAAUACCAAAUGUUGGAUUAAAGUAUUUAAUUUUUAUUAUUUUUCUGUUGCAUCAAAAAAUGAAUUCUAACUUUUGUGACCUACCAAAUUUAAGAUGUAUACACAUUGUUAUUUACAUUGUUCUAGAAAAGAAGCUUGAUGUUGUAGUGACCUUGCUCACUCGCACCAGAGAAAUAAAUGACUUUCAAUGGAGGAAGAUUUUAGUGCUUUUUUCCUAAAAUAGACAUUAAGCUGCUGUUGUAAGGUAUUAAUGUUUGCAACUGUUUAGAAUAUCUAGAGAUAUUUUUUAUUUAUGAAUAUUUAUACAGAAAAGGAAUUCUGUCAAGGCGACUGCUCUGCAUCACUUUAGAAUGGUAUUAUUUAAUUAAACAAUAAAUAGCAUUUUUUGAUUAGUGCCUGCCCAUAUCUGUUGUUAGUAUUUGCUUUGUAAAUGGUUUUUUAAUUCACUUUGGGGUGAUGGUUUUGUUCCAAGUCUUGGAUGAGGAGCACUUUAAAACAAACUGGUGUUUUUAAGUUAAUCAGAUGUUUAAUAAAUAUGUGGUUUUUGCAUUCAAAAUCAUCAUAUAAUACAUUGUAUUUUUUUACAUUUAUUGAUAUUCUGUCUAAUCUUUAUCAAGUGCUAAUAAUAUUCUUUAUUGAUUUGAUUUUGUUUGUAUAUUUGGGCCUCGUGGUGAGUAUGAGGCAUACUUUUAGUUUUGUUGCCUGUGAGCUUAGAGUGGUAUGACCUACAGUAUUUAAAUUCUCAUGUAAGUUUACGUGGGAUUUUUUUUUUUAGAGUUAAUAUUUGGUAUUCACUUUACUAAAAUCUGUAAUUAUAGACUUUCUUCAAGUUUAAAAUGGACAUAAACAAUCUAUAAACAAUUGAGUUAUAUAAUAUGCAGUUUGAUAAACUGUGUGCUACUUAAAAUGUUUGUGAUUUUAAGUAGCACGAGGUCAUUUUUAAAAAAAACAAAAACAAAAAACCCAUUGCCCUCAAGUAGAUUCUGAUUCAUAGCAACCCUAUAAGACAGAGUAGAACUGCCUUAUAGGGUUUCCAAAGAGCAACUGGUAGAUUUGAACUGCGGACCCUUUGGUUAGCAGCCAGACUCUUAACCACUGUGCCACCAGGGUUCCUAUGUCAUUAGACUACUCAGUGUUAAAUAAUGGAAUCUUUUUCUGCCCAUGUGUUGUACUUCAGCUGUCUAAUUUGAAAAAAAAAACAAAGUUUUAUAAUGUAGUAAGUUUUCACGUUGAGCUGGCGUUCAGGUUUUUUUUUUUUUGUUUGUUUGUUUUUGUAAAAACUGGUAGUGAUAAGACCAUGAAGGUCAAGGUGCUACUGUUAGGGAGCUUUUCUGGUAGUUAGUAUUUUUGGAAGUAAUAGGUUUAUACUGAAAACACUUUACCAAGCUUUUGAGCUCAUGGAAAAUAAUCAGACUCACUUUCUAUUGCUUUACACAAAUAGAUGAGUUCAUGAACAGUUUUCUGUAUUUUUUUUAAAUAAAUACAAUCAUUUCUGGUUUGUAUCAUUUUUCCCCCCUUGAAACAGGUGCUUUCAAGAAAGAUUUGCUGUGUUCCUAAAUAUAGCUUUUAUUGUGACUUAAAGCCACUUAUUUUUCCUUAGAAACCAAACACGUUUGUGAAUUUUUUUUUUUUUGAGGGAGCAUAAAUGUAUCUUGAAUUAAAUCUAGGUUUUGAUCAGUGAAUUGGCAGCAUGAAGCAGCCUAUCAAGCUUAAGGGAACCUUGCAUUUUGAGCAGCCAUGUGUAUUUUUAAGUGUGCCUGACUUUUUGAGUUUUAAGAAAAAGAUGAAUCAAAUAAAAACAAUUCUUUAAGAAUGUUAGCCACACCAAGGUCUUUCUUUGAAAUUUGUCAGGUUUUUCUAUAAUUUUUUGCUUUGUCUAGGCCCUGAAGUUAUUGAGAAAUUUGGAGAUUCUCUUGGUAUAUCAAUGGUCUUACAAGCAAAGCCCGUGCUCACUUUUCCUUUCAGGGGCUUGCUGUUCCUGUUUUCUUUCAAGUGGAUUGCAGGCCUCCGUGAUUGAAGGGAUCUUGAUAAGAAUUUUUUUUGUAAAUAGACUAAAUUUGAAUUUUUUAUACAUUAUAUUAGAUUAUUGUGUUAUUUUUAAUCAAGACAAGUCCAGAAAUGGAUGCUGUUGCUCAAACUUAAAUUCCAAGGCAAAAGAUAGUGUCUUCUUUUCCAUAGAUGCCAUGGAACCCUUGACCUUGCAUUGCAGUUUUUCACUAUGUAUUAUCCUAUUUAGUGUUUAAAAAUCAUGCCGAGGUCUCAGGAUAGGUAUCCUUGUAAUGUGUUAACAUUAUACUGCUGUUUAUUCUGUUUCCACAUACAUUAUAAUAUCAUUAAUAUGAGCUGCACCAAUUUUUAUGAGGUGACUGAGUCUGUCCUUAGGGCCUUGCUGUUGCCACUUGGUGCAGAGGGAGUGUCCUGGCCUGAAAGAAAGCCAGAUUAGGCUGCAGGAGGUCUGUCUUCUAAGAGCUCUGGUGGGUAAGUAAGGAGCCCGGGUGGCAGAGUGGUUAAGUGCUUGGCUGCUAACCAGAAGGUUGGUGGUUUGAACCCACCAGCUGCUCUGCAGGAGAAAGUUGUAGAAGUUUGCUUCUGUAAAGAUUACAGCCUUGGAAACCCUAUGGGGCAGUUCUCCUCUGUCUUGUAGGGUCGCUAUUAGUCGGAAUCUCCUCAAGCAGUGAGUGGGUUUGGUUUUUGGUGGGUAAGUAAAUUGUAGCUGGUAGAUGGAGCUGCUUCUUGUCUUCCCAGUUCUCCAGUCCUUUUCUUUUUGAAUUCACACUGAAUUUGUAAGUUUAAAUUUAGCUUUCUUUUUAUUAAAAUGAUUCAUGCAUAUAGUUAAAAAAUCAAAUAGAAAAGACUUAGAGCCCAGUUGUAUUUUUAAACUCUUAGUGGUUUGUACUUGUAUUUACCUUCCUAAUUUAAAAUUUGUUAUACCACUUUUUCUUGAUUUAUCCAUUUCAGAAACGAUUUCUUGGAUUCUUUCAUUGGUAGAAAGGGUUUACUUUUUUUACAUCCCAUCUUCCCCAUUUUUCUUCCCCUACCACUCCUGAUACAGAUUUAUCACAACUGUUUAUUAAAUCAGUAGAUAUAAAUGUUGAUCACUCAUGAGUCACAAGGUGAACCAUCAUUUCUUUUCUACUAGAACCUUGUUUUUCCUAGAGUUAAUAAUUUCCUGAUCUUAAAAUUUCUUGGUCUUUUACGUAUCGAUCACAAUGAUUAUCCAAAGGCUUAAAUGCUAAAAAAUAUCAGAUAAUCUGUGAAUUCCUUUUUUUGUUUUUUGGUCCUUUGGGGCCAUCUCUACCACUGUCCUUCAUCUCCUGCCAUCUGGCCCAUUGUUCUUUGAGGCUGUUCCAUGGCUCAGUGGUCAUCCCGGGAUCCCUUUUGUUUUUCUCUUAUGUUGGAUCCUAUGAAUUCCUCUUUCUUGAUUUAUGGCCCUUUUUUUUUUUUUUUUUGGGGCUGAAGCUUAUCCACCAGUAGCUUCCCAACAAAAGGUGUAUGGAAGGUAAACUUUUCAAGGUUCUACAGGUAUGAAAAUGUCUUUACUCCUGAUUGAUUGGUAGUUUGAACUUUAUAUUGAAAAUAAUUUUUCCUCAGAGUUUUAAAAGCAUUCCUCCAUUGUCUUAUAGCAUUCAGCAUUACUGUGAGAUUGUGAUACUGUUCCUUUAUAUGGGAACUGUUUUUACACUCUGGAGACAUUUAGGAUCUUCUCUUUACCCCUGACAUUUCAUGAUGAAGUGUGAGUGUUUAUUCAUUCAUUUUAAUGACUUGGUGGAGCCUUCAUCUUGUAAACUUGUCUACUUCAGUUCUGGAAAAUGUUUUGUGUUAUCUUUUCGAUAAUUUCGUCCCCUCCAUUUUUCUCUGUUCUCCCUUUCUAAAAUUCCUGUUAUUUGAAUGUUGGGCCUCCCAGAUUGAUCCUUUAAUUUUUAAAAUCCUUUCUGUUCCAUUUCCCUUUAAGUUGUACUUUCACCCUCCUACCCUUUUUUAAUCAUCUAGCUGUUCUGUUGAAAUUUUUAAAGCUAUUUAAUUUAUAGGAUCUCUGUUGGUGCAGUGGUUAAGUGCUCGCCUGCUAACUGAAAGGUCAGAGAUUUGAACCCAGCCACUCCUUGGGAGGAAGAUGUGCUAGUCUGCUUCUAUAAAGAUUACAGCCU